UCGCGAAACGGCGAAAGAUGGCAACUGAUAUUGUGCGAUUGUUAGGCACUCUGUCAUUAUCUGAUGACCCAAUUGAAAAACUAGAAGAGUUGAAGACUGUAGUAUUUGCUGUUCACCCGUCCGUUCUUGAAAAUCAUAUUGGUAACCUUUCAUUUCAACAGUUGUUUACAUUGUUAAACACAGAAAAUGGCGAUCAAUUGGAGUUAUGCUGUGAUAUCCUUUCACGUCUACUGACUGCCCUUGGCCCAUCAGGAGUCCUCAGUCACUUCAACACAGAACUAUUACAUGGCCUCUCUCACAAAGCUUCAUGUGUUCAGUGUCUUUGUCUCCAGCAGUUACAGUUUGUUGGAGAGGAUAGCCAGGCUUUGGAGGAAUUGGUACGACAAGAUGAUAUUUUACACCAGGCCAUCCAACUGAUUGGAUGCGACAGCUUAAAUGUCUCUCAGAAGGCCAAUAAUGUCGUCUCCUGUCUUGGUCAUAGCGCCUCCGGUCUAACUGCACUGUACACUUCUACACUACUACAGACAUUACAACAGGUGAUGGAUCGUAAUGAAACUGUCCGCUUCAGAGUGUAUGAGCUCCUGGUGAAGAUCUGUCAGUUGUCUGUGGUGGCACUCGAGUAUACACAUGAAAGUGGCAUGCUCCAACAGCUGCUGAAUGAGGUACACAAGGACGACAUCCUGCUCCAGCUCAACUGUAUAGAAUUGUUAUCUGAUCUUGCCAUGUCUGAGCACUGCCUUGUCUUCCUUGACCAGCAAGGAAUCAUCAGGAGACUGGACGACAUGAUCGCUUCCGUCGAUACAGACCCAAUGGCUGGUCUUCUGCUCCCUGGUCUUAUCAAGUUCUUUGGAGGCAUGGCCAGGUUCCAUCCAAAGGAGGUGUGUUCAGAGAAAAGUAUCUUCAUGAACACAGUAUUGGACAACACCAGAAACCCAGCCUUGAGCAACAUGGCAAUUCAGACAGUGGGUUUCAUUGGGAGUACGCCUGAGGGGAAGGUGGCUCUUGACAAAUGGGGUGGAAAGCUGUUGUCAUCCGUGUCAGAUAUCGCAGCUGUACUAAGGAAUGGUACAACAGAGCUGAAGAUCAAUGCCUUACAGGCUGUGGAGAGCCUGCUGACACUGAGGGUUGAGGAUCAGACAACAGAGCUACUGAUGCUGACAGAAAAGUGGUUUAACCUUCUAAGCCAUGAACCACUUCGAACAUUAUUGGAGAUUGUUCAGCAACCAUUCACAGAUCUCCGCUGUGCAGCUUAUCAGGUUUUCAUUGCUAUGGCAACACAACAGUGGGCACAAGAAUGUAUGAACAAGUUUCCAGGAUUUACAGAGUUCCUUUUAGACAGACUCACAGAGUCCACAAAGGAAGGCAAGGACGGCAAAUACACACUAGUCAAAACCCUUGCUGAAUCUCCGUUUGCUGCCAACAGUUUUGGAAAUCCCUUUUAUGUGAAGUUAAAGGCUUAUUGUGUUCAAGGACCGUACUUUAUUCGAGCCCAGGCUGAAGUGGCUAUGGAGGGAGAAUAGCUUUCUCUUCAUGUUUCAUCAUAUUAUGUUGUAGAUAUAAUCUAUAGGUAUUAUCUACACAAUGAGUAUAGAACACUUUCAAAUAACAUUUCCACAUUGCAGUAUUUUCCAACAUAAAUUCAUCUAUCAUAAUGUCACUUUCAUUUUUAUUUAGGCAUAUCUUUUUCAAGAUAAGCAUAUUGAAGACUUUGUGUACUAAUCUUAGAUAUGCUUAAAACAUUAAUAUCUAUUUGUCAAGGUAUAUUGGUAUGGUGGAAGAGUAUGUUAUAUGCAAAUACAAUGUACAGUAUAAUUAUUAUGUUUUUUGAGCGAUAAAGUUUGAUUACAUUACCAAAAGUACAAUGUUCAUGAAAAUGUACAGUAAGGGGAUCAUCGUUCAUCUGUUACCAAAAGCUGUGGUCUUCCUGGAGAGGUCUGGAUACUGAAUACUAGAAGCCAUAUUUGCCUAAAGUCAUAUCUUUAUGCUUGUAAAAGUACUUACAUAGCCAAUAAUCUACUGUGCUAAUUUAUUACAUCUGUCCUGUUGUGCCAUGAAAACAGACUGUCUGAAUUCAUCUGAUGAGAAGUCUGCCCCAUGCUUGGUAUUAAGUCUACUCAUAUUUAUUGCUAUGCUAGAGAACUAUCAGCAAAGGCCCUUUCACGGACUUGAAAUCUGAUCAAACUCCCAUUUUUAGUUAAAAGUAAUGUAUUGCCUGUCCAUGUCUCCCUCCCUCUACCCCCAAUCCCAGGUGAAUUGCAGGAUAUCUGCAAUACUUGCAGUUUCAUUAUUACGCAAUGUCAUUUCAUCAUUGAAAACUUUUUCACACAGUAACAUCCUGCUAUGGGCAUUUAUCAGGAAACAAACCGGGAAUCAGGUUUAUUUUUCAUAGUAUAAUACUUCUUCUGAAACUUGUCUUUCAGUAGAUUUCCAUCAUUUUAAGAAUGUUACCUGAGGCAUUUUUAUAAGAAUAUGUUUCCCCCAACUCCCGUCUUGUUACAGAAUAAAUAUAGUGUAUACUGUUAACAGAUUUUAAUUGCAGUUAUCUCCCUUGUCACAUAUGUAUUCUGGAAAAAAUACAUUAACCAUGUUUGUUAUUGAUGAAGUCAUUGUUUCCCAAUAUCCUGAAUGAAAGUGCAAAACCCCCUAUGGUUACAAAAUCUUAAGACUUGUACCCCAGUUUUUAAGGACUCUCCUACAUGAACUGCACCCUCAGUUUCAAUAUUCAUUGGGGAACACUGUGUGACAAGUAUCAAGUUUCAUGGUGAACACUCAAGUGAUACUAAAUGUUUAAGAUUGGUGAAAUAAUUAAAAAACAAUGAAAAGAAAGUGAUUCGAUACAGAAUAUUUUAUUAGAAUGAAAAUUUAGACCUUGUGUAACAUAGUUCUAUUGAGUUCCUUUAAUAAAGGUGAUGAAUUUUA